AUGGUUGGGCAACAAUAUCCUCGCCAACCAUCCGCCUCGCCACCCCCGGUCUUCUCUUACCCGCCACUUUCCUUCUCCGACGCCCAUCGACCUAGCUACGGCCAAAUGCCGGUCUAUCACACCGUUCCUAGUUCCUACAGCGACAUAUCCUUCACAGACUACGGUGAACCAAUCCCCAGUGUGGAGGACGGCUCGCCAAGGACAGGCAACUUGUAUCGAUGGCUUCUCGAGUUUUGGACCUGGUAG